AUGGCAGCAACACCGUUCGAUGCUCCUCUACCGGGCUCAUCCUUCUUCGACAUCUACACUGAUGGCGCUCCCCAGCGCAGUCCUGCCUCUGCCUCCCUUCCCGGAGGAGCCUGCAACUUCGUGGAUCUGACCCCCGGCGCCAACGGGGCCAAGUGCGGAUGCCGUCGUUUCUGGAGCCGCUUUCCCGCCGCGAGGGCUUAUGCCGAUAACCUGGGCACUGACAAUUCCAGCUGGUGCAUGUGUGCCCAUCAUGCCUGCUUCCAUGAUGAUGGUGGUCGCGGUGGGAGCGAAGCGUCGGCGUCUGCGCAAACUCCCACCACCGCUCUCGCGCCGACACAUGCGCCCGCCGCUGCGCCCAUUGCCCAUAUCGCCGGACAGGAGAAUGAGAAGCCGAGGAUGUCCAGGGAGCCUCUCAGCCCGGUCCAGAUGCCCGAGAUGUCCUUCCGUAUGCCCGCCGGAUUCACCCCGACCAUGGAGUUUAUGAACCUGGACGCUGCCAUGGCCACGCCCCAGAACAAGCCCGAGGAACUCAGGCCACGGCCUCCGGAUCAACCCAGCCAGCUCCCGGAGUCUACUCUACAGGAUACGUUAGCCUGGGGCGAUUUCAUCCAGUCCCAGCCUGGAAAUCAUACUACAUUGCCGCCGAUACCAGCUCAAUGUCUAAUGCCGUCUCAACCCAGCUCCACAGCUUCAUCCAGCCAGGCCCGCUAUCUUCGUCCCUUUGCCGGGAGAGGUCUCCAGACACUUAGUGGUGUAGCUACUUCCAAUCCCAGGACACCGCGCAAGGAAAAACCCCAGGAUGCCGGAGCUUUAUUUGCUCAACCGAUUGACCAAGGCUACAAGGAUGAUGCAGGCGCAAUGGCUCACGACGAUCACGGCGCCGAAACUCCUCGAGCGCAGUCACCGAGGGAACUAGGAAAGGUCGAUGCCUUGUUCGCAGGACCCUCACGCAAUACGUUCCGUCACCUAUCAGAUACCGUCCAAGGACAUGAAAGCCGCCUGGACAAACUGGAAAACAUUUCCUUCUCCGCUGCCGGGCAUGAUGAGUGCCACGAGAAGCAUGAUGCUGUCGAUCUUCGCGUCACUGACCUCGAGGUGCGCGUGGAGGAGGUCGAGAAACUCAUGAAUGAUAACAGCAGUGUCGUGGGCCGUCGUGACCGGCAACACCUCGACGAAUCUACCAACAGUGUCGUCUCUGUUGCGACUAGCACGACAACCCGAGCCGCUCACUCGCACGAGAUGUACAGCCAGAUCCAAUCCUUACAAUCUCAACUCUUUCAGCUUCAAUCACAAAUACCGUCACUGGCUCGGCCUUGGGAGAUUGAAGUCGUUUUCUUACCGUUUCCGCUUAAGCGGGUUUGGCAGGAGCUUCAGGAUUUCAAGGCCGAUGUCCACUCCAGCUUAGAUGAGUGGACGCAGCUACCAAACACCAACAGCGGAGUGACGAUGAGAGCGCAAUCGCCAUUCUGCGCGGAAUGGGCUGACCCAGGGCACGACCACGAAUGGCUCAUGGCCAAAGCCUGCGGUCCAAUGAAUGUUGUCGAUAGACGACUGAGGAGUCGCGGCCUCGUGCGCACCAUCUCCAUCAAAGGCUCCGAUGCCAGAAGCGUCCAAGCAGCCAUGCAUGUUGCCUUCUCCAGCACAUUCGCCGAUUUCUCCAUCGCAACGCCCUCGCCUUCACGCCGGCGCAGCUUCGAUGGCAAGGCAGACCGUUUCUUGGGCCUGCAGCAGUCAUGGGUGCCUCUUCGGAAGAUCCACAAGGACUCCCGCCUGCGCUUCUUGACGCCGGCCGAGAUGAUCACGCCCGCCGUUUGGGACGUGUCUUUCCUACACUCCGUCAUCAUGCGGUCUUCUCAGCCUCGUCUGUUCGUCACCCAGCCUGAAGCAUAUCUGCAGGACUCGCACGCGUUCGAGUGCGGGUGGACGUGGCAGCGGCUCCGGGAGAUGAGUCGGUUCUAUCCCGACUCUCAAGCAACGCAAGAAGUACCCGAGGCAGAUGCUCGCGAGGAUCACUGGGCGUGGAACGACCAUUUGGACGAAGCGCCCAGUGCUCAGCCUUCAUUGAGCAUUCGACAAGCGAGACAACGUGUAUCAGCCUCGCCAUCCCUCCACCACAUCACGAUGCAGUCGUCUAUGCGGUCGUCCAGCCCGAUGAUGACCCGUGGCCAGACUCCUAUGAGGGAAGCCCUAAUGAGAGAGCGGAAGGGAUCCAAGCCUCCAUACAUCCGCACCACCUCCAUGCCUCCCGCGGUCCCUCCGAACUAUUCGCCAGCACUCGCCAAACGGCGCGUGUCAUCGUUUGGACAGCGACAGUUGGCUGCUCAAAUUCGCACCAGUCCUCCCAACGUAGCAACGACGAUGGCAGCGUCAACGGCUUACAAACGCCGGCGAACUCGAUCGCCCAGCCGACCUCGCAACACGCCGCGCUGGACCAUGUCACCGAGCCCAGCACCCGGCUUCGUUCCCGUCGAUGAACGCCACCAGACAGGCCGAGGCAUCACCCCGAUGUACUAUGCCACGCCAUACAGCAACGCACCUCUCACCGAGUCGCGCCCGCGCGUCUCCGGCGGUGUGGCAGACGACUCCGACACGGAAGUCGACGGGCAGGAUGACGAAAACGUGGACGCGAACCACGGGAGCACCAACCCUUAUGACGAGGAGGGCAGCGAAUACAGCGUCGAGGUGACUCACAUGGUCACCAUGCGCGAGGGUGACUCAUCGCACCCGCGGCAGCCUGAGGAUGAGCCUUGGCCCGGCAUCGAGGACCAGGACCACAUGUCGGACGGGGAGAACAUCGACCCCCUCUUCUCCCCCACGGGCGGGGAAGAGGACGCCCAGUCCGACGUGAGCAGCCAGCCCUCGGAGUAUCCCAGCACUCAGCGCGGCUGGCAAGUCCCCGGCGCCGAGAACGGGAUGGGCUUCCACAUUCACGAGGACAACGAGGGCAUGCGGUGGCCCUAG